UAAAGCAGGCAAGAAAGAAAGAUAGCAGGGUUACUUUGUGUACCCCAAAAGCCAUUCUUGUUUUCAUCUCCAUUCCUCAUAUGCAUACAUAUCAAUAGUCCGUAUAACCCAAAACGGAAACUAGCUAGUUAAAUUUCCAUUUUCAGGAGCUCCAAACAUGUCUCUGAGUCCUCCUCGUCAUGAAAACAACUCUGAGGCUAGGCCAAUCUACCAGGUCUACUGGUGCUACCAAUGCCAAAGGCAGGUCAGGAUCUCCUCCACUCCUGACCCAGUCGUCUGCCCGCGCUGUUUCGGGCAGUUCCUCGUCGAAAUGGACACCACAUUCAGGCCCAGUCGACGCUUCAUCGACUUCACCGACUUCGAAUCCACCUCAGAAGCGCUUUUGCUAGAAGCGCUUUCCCUCAUGCUGGACCCGUCCAUCCGCCUUUUCGAUAGAGGAGCACUCCAAUCGGAACCCGAAACCCGACGUUCCCGCCCAAGCAGGCGUAGAAGAAACCGUAGCUUCGAUGAUGACAUAGAGCGCGGGGACCCGACCCACCCGGAACUAGGUACCCGAAACCGACCCGGGACGUGGAUCAUAGUACGACCCAUCGACGACGAUCCGAUUCAACCCUUUCGCAGAUCAAGAGAUAAUCAAAACCCGGCUUUUCCGGUACCACGUGGAGUGGAUCCGGGAAACUACUUGUUCGGGCCGGGGCUCCAGGGGCUCAUUGAGGAGCUGACCCAAAACGACCGACCCGGACCGCCUCCCUUACCCGAACCGGCAAUCAACUCAAUCCCAACCGUUAGGAUUAGCGAGGCCCAUUUGAGCAACGACCCGAAUUGUCCUAUUUGCAUGGAGGAGUUUAAGGUGGGGGGAGAGGCGAGAGAGCUGCCAUGCAAGCAUAUAUACCACGAUGAAUGCAUUGUGCCGUGGCUGAGGCUUCACAAUUCUUGCCCGGUUUGCCGGGUUGAGAUUCCGAUUUCGACUGACGAGGAGUCGGAGGGUUCGAACAGCGGUGGAGGGAGGAGGGGGCGGCGGGGCAUGAGGUGGAGUCGGCUCGGGUCUUUGUGGCCGUUUCGGAGGAGAUAUCGCCGGAUUCCGGUUCAGGGCGGAAAUGAUGAUGAUCAUGGUGACACUUCGAGAGUUGCCAACCCAUGGUGGCAUUCUUGCUCUAUUCUUUAGCCCUCACAUGUUGCUUCAGUACCGUUCGGUACAUUCCCCAUCAUCAUGUUACACGAAAUUGAUCACUUCAACAAUAAUCAGGAGCAAAAGCUGGCGCAUAAAUCAAAUCGCAGCUAAAAUUCUACUCCAAUCAAUAUUUGAUAACAGAAGCCAGCCAAUGUGUAAUUAAUACCCUAAUAUUGUAAAUGACUUGAUUACAGACAUGAUUAGAUGUACAUAAG